AUGCCACGAGGAAAGCCAAUCGGUAUUGAAACACGAUCCAGGAUUGUUACCCUUUACGAAGAAGGCUAUUCUAUCCGGCAAAUCAGUCAAAAAGUUAGAAUUCCAAAGUCAACGGUUACAGAUACUAUUCAUCAUUUUGAAUAUAUAGGAAGUUUAGAGGAUCACAAUCGCCCAGGACCAUCGAGAAGCACUUCUCAUGCUGAAGAUCAACAUAUUAAGUUAAUAAGCAAACGCAAUCGCAAGUUAACAGCACCAGAAAUAGCUGCUGAAUUCAAUCGCGGACAUGAUAAAGGACUUUCUGUAAGCACUGUAAAACGCCGAUUACAAGAAGCUGGCUUACACGGACGCGUUGCUGUGCGAAAACCCCUUUUGCGAAGAGGCACAGGAGAUUUAGUUAAGAUUGAUGGAAUUAUGAGAAAAGAGCAGAAUCGUAAUAUUCUUGAGCAACAUGCAGUUCCAUCAGGAGUAAGAUUAAUUGGUAACAAUUUCAUUUUUAUGCACGACAAUGACCCAAAGCAUACAUCAGGAUUGUGCACAAAUUAUCUAGAAGGUCUUCAACGAGAUAACAUUUUGACGUUAAUGUCAUGGCCUCCUCAAAGUCCUGAUCUAAACCCUAUAGAACUUUUGUGGGACGAACUUGAUCGGCGAGCCGAAGGAAAUAAUGCAGCUGAAAUUCAUAGAAAAAUGUGCCGUGUGUACGGUAAUGAAUUCAUGAGUGACGGCGUGGUGCGUGAUUGGUGUAGGAAAUUUCGAGAAGAACGUACCGACAUUCACGACGAGGCCGACAGAGGAAGAAAAUCUGUGAUAACUGAAACCAUCGUUCAGCAAGUGGAUUAA